AGUCCAUUGCUUAAAAUGGCGGAUUAUAGAUUUUGACUGCUUCUUGAUUUUGACAGGGAGAUUAACCGCGCCAGUUUUAAUUUUUUCAGUCUCUUCGUAAUUUCGUAUAUUUUUCGAACGAGAAAAUGCAAGACGAUAAAAACGCUAUUUUCCAAAUGCGGUUUCCUCAAAAAUUGUGGUACUUGCUGAAUAUGCGUACUGAUGCAAUUUUAUGGGGUGGCACAGGCCGAACUAUUCUGCUGAAUUAUCGAAUCCUUCAUAGUUAUUUGCAGUGUGAUCACUCUAUUUUCAAGACCACAAAUAUAUCAAGUUUUGUAAGACAACUGAAUUUAUACGGAUUCCGAAAAGUUACUUCUCAUCUUCAAGAUCCACUGUGUAAUUCAAGCAAUCCUUAUAUGCACGAGUAUGUACACGACUACUUCCAAUUCGGCCGACCGGAGUUACUGGAUAAAAUAACUAGAAAAGCUUUGACUAUGAAGAAACAUUUUAAACCAAAGGCAUUUUAUGGGAAUGCAGAUCAGUUCCUGUAUGUAACACCCUUACAAAAGGCAAGACAAGCCUUGCACAUUGCUCUCAGGAAGGCUAGUCAAGAUCUUUUUAUACAGAAUUCCCCUGAACAGUUAUAUCACCUAAAAUUUGAAUGUGAUGAAAAUCCUGAUGACUUCUGUGAAGAUGAAGAAAACAUUGAAUUUGACUGGAUCAUGUCUAAAGAAACCGAAAAGGAAGCAGAAAAGCAGCUUCCUCUAACAGGUUUACCCUCCUACAUCCUGUUUAUCCUGUAUGUUUAUUCCUGUUGUAAUCCAUUUUACCCUUUAUCCUCAUCCUAUCCUUCCUACAAAGAAACUGCUAACUAUGAGGAGUCAUCACAGGACUUAAUGAACUUCAAUGAUGAAUCACAGCAGAACAAUGAUAAUUUCUCUAAUCAGUUUUUGAGUAUGCCUGAACUGGAUCCUGAGCCUACUGAUCAGAAUUCAGGAGUUGAGCUGUUGGCAGAGUUUGAUAUAGAUCAUGAUACUGAUCAAGGAAUAACAAGGAAGAUAGGAGACAAGAAUGACCAUAACUCUUUGAACUGUGUUCUGCCUUCCAUAAGCAAUGACCAGAAUGAUGAUGUGCCUAUGUCAGAGAAUAAUAAUGAGAAUUCUGACCACUACCAUGAUGGAGAAUGGGACCAAAUGUUUAAUGAUAUUAUUGCUAAUAAGGGUCCGAAUCAAGAGUGUGGGUCUGAUUUGAAAGAGCUCUACUCCCAAAUAUCUCGUACUAUAGAUUUACUUAAUUCUUAAGUUGUAAAUUAUUGUUUUAAAUAAAAGGAAUAAAAAGUGAUUCCUUAUACCAUGUAUUAAGAUA